AAACAUGCAGUACCGAUGUCAUGCAGUUUCAAUGUUAUUUGAAUUUUAUUUGGAAUUUAAUAGAUUUUAUAAAACAGAAAUAUUAACUGUUAAAUAGAGGAAAACAUCAAUUUCUGACGUUGAAUGCGUUGGCUAAGGAUAAAUUUUCAAUAUGCAUAAUGAAAAUAAAUGUGUAUACAAAUUAAGUUUGUUUCUUAACUACUAACUAUACAAGCUAGCAAAGUUUUUGCUUGAAAAGCGUUUCUUAACCUAAAAAACUAGCAGCAACCAGCAAAAAUUGAGAGCGAAAAACCUGAGAGAGCUGCUAGUUUCUACUAGUGAAAUUUCUACUUAUGGCAGUAGAAAUGAGGAAACAUUUGUUAAAACACAUGUGUAUGUAAGCAAGCAAGAUUUGACGAAUUUUCUUUGUUUUUGUUUAUUUUAAUAGUGUAUAAUUGUAACAAAAUACAAACUCUACCGAAUAAUUUUCACAUAAUAGAUUAUUAAAAAUAACAUUUUGAUAUUGUCUUGCUAAUUUCCGCUAGUUUUUGCCAGCUAUCCGUUUCUUUCCUUUUUGGUUAUUUCGCUCUUUUUGAGACUAAAGAGCCAUUCAAAAGUUCUCGAUUUGCGUGACAGUUCGUAUUGAAACAACGAAGCGCAGAAAACAAAGGGUAUGUCACAAUGAACACUUUGCUUUCAGUGUUUCUCUCUAAUAAAAAUGGCGAUUGUUGCUUGGCAAAGUGUAAAAAGGUGAGAGUUUCCCAACAUGUUCCUUGGCUUCCCUUCGAAAACGAAGUAUAAGUUCUAUGUGAAUUGGCCAUAACUUCUCAAUUCGCUAAGUGUUGUUCUUCCUGAUAGCUAGCAGCAGAGAAUGUUAAUAAAUUAUUUUAAUUUUUAUUUUAUUAACAUUCUCUAGAUUAUGCUAAAAAAUUAUUAAAUUUAAUUCAAGAACAAAUGUUAUUGGUGGAUUACCUCACAAUAAAUAUUGGAGAAUCCCGAAUUGUUUAUUUUCGUUAAAAAAAUUUUUACCAUUGUUUUAAAAGUAAAGACACAUUUUCUUCAACCUUUAGAAAUAAAGCCAUGAGUAAAAAGUAUACAUAUGUAUAUGUAUAAUAGAUUCGCCGACAAACAUCCGUUGAGGUAAAAUUGGUUUUCACUUCACACACAGUACUCAAUUGCGAUUGCUCUAAAUUUGCCCUAAUAGUUUAGUUGAGAAAUUGAAAACAUUUCACAUACAUACAUAAGAAUGCGCAUGCGCAUGGAGAGCUUCGAGUGAAACAUUAAUGUCAACCAAUCAUAAAUGUAAACAAGAGCAAUGCCAAAAAUAAUAAAAGAAGGAAGAAGUCUCUUCUUUCGAGAAAACAGGGUUUUCAUAAGUCAAUCUCCACGCCUAGGUACUUUGGAUUUUUAAAUGAUUUUUUCAUAACUCUUGUACCUGAAUACCAUUCGGAGGAUCGUGGCCGCUAUCUAUCACUAUCUAUAAAAAUUAGGUAUCACGUUUUCAACAAGUGAUCGGAUCUACAAGUUUUCUUAUAGAAAAAAAUCAAUUAGAGACUUCCUAGGAGGCUGAGCACACUGACACAAGAUGUAAAGCGCAACGUUUGGACUCCCCUGGUUGGCUGGGAUCGCAUACCAACUUCACAUUCAAACAAACAUGCUCAGAAAUAGCAUUGCUAAGAGUGUGGUCUCAAGAGUAAAUAUAAUAUCUUUGCGAAUUUCGCCCAAAAUGAUUUGUAUAUUUAGCGCGGCAUAUGCCGGUAGCCCGUCAGUUUUAUAUGAGAUAUCAUCGGAAUAGGUUGUUUCUAAAGCAAAGAAAGGGAAGAUAAAAAUAUAUAUGUAUAUAUUAUCGUUAAAUAAAUAAAUAAUAAAAAAUAAAAUCAACAAGAUAACUUAAUUUCUUUUGUGAGAACAACCACGUAAAUCUUUGCAUGAAAACGCUAUUCAGACUACCUUUGUCAUAGCCGUUCGAUUGAUAUUUUAUACAAAAUAUUUAUUAUUACAUACAUACAUGUGUUAUUUUCGGAACUUUCAAGUGUAAAGUGAAAGUAAUUGCCAGAAAAACUUCUAACACAAAAAGUCGAGUAAAAUAUUUAGAACAAAUCACGUCUUUCAAUGCCUGAGGAUUACAGAAAUAAAAACAAAAACCUGAUAAAGUAGUUAUUUUUUUUUGUGGUGGAAAAUGGAUUAGCGCGUAAAUAUUAUUGUCUAUUAUCAAAAGUCAAGAUAAACCGUUGACAAACAUAGAUAUUUCAAAAACAUUGCAGACUCUCCUAAAACCAGUGAUAAAAAGUGAACAAUAGUAAGCACGGACUUGGUUGAAGCACUUCAAUUCUGUCUCUCAACUCGUUAUAAAGUUAAACAGUCAUAAUGAGAGCGGAGGAUGUCCCGCGGGUGCGUCUCGCUGUUAUUGGAAACGCCGAUGUGGGGAAAUCAGCGUUGACAGUGCGUUAUCUGACUGGCCGAUUCAUUGGCGAAUAUCGCUCCAACACAGAUCUAUUAUAUAAUAAAACAAUCUCUUUGACUGGCGGUCUGACGGAAGUAGAAAUCGUUGAUGUGUAUGCCGGAAGCAUGGACGAUUUUCCAAUGGAACAAGUUCUUUGGGCCGACGCUUGCAUGGUCGUCUACAAUAUAACGGAACGCAGAAGUUUAAACUAUGCGACCAAAUGUUUGGGUGAAAUCAAAGCGCUACAAAAUGCACCAUCGGCGUACUUAAUAGGCAAUAAAGCCGAUUUGGAUCAUUUGCGGGAGAUACCUGAAAAAGAGGGUGCUGCUUUAGCUGCUGCAUAUUCCAUAGGUUUUUGUGAAGUUUCCGUCGCCGAGUAUACUCCUAUAUUGUCUAAGGCUUUUGAAAAAUUGAUUAUCGACUCUCGAGCGCAACCACAAAAACAAAUUCGUAAAUUUUCUGUAAGUAAAAUGCUGGGAACCCUUAUUGGAAACAGUGGUUAUGGCAGCAGUCGCAACUUGGCUAUCAAUCAGGGAACCGUGAUACCCUGCCAUAAGGGGGAGUUACACAAGACACGCGUUCUGAAGCGUCGGCAAGGAUUCAUGGCAACGUCCAGUUUAUGACCGUCUGCUGAAACAGAUUGGUAAAGAGAUCAAUAUCAAAGGGCGGGUAUGUGAGGUUUAAGCUUUGUAUAAGUUAGUAGAUAAAUGUAACAAGUGAUUUGAUACACAUAUUAAGUGUACCUACUAUAUGUGCAUACGAAAGGACAAUGAUUUCAACUUUUUUUGUUUUGAAAUGGAAUUUACUACACUAUCUUAACUUAUUGUUAUAAUAAAAAUGACUGCAAUAGUAUACUAAGAAAAAAUUAGAGUAAGUUAAAAUUAAAACAGAAAAAACUUAUAUAGAUUUUAAUUAAAAAAAUUAUGUAUUAUAAAUUUACUUAUAAAUAUAUAUAUGUAUAUAUACAUGUGGUAAAAGAAUUUAGUCCAUUAGAAGAAAAGACCUAUACAUACAUAUACACAUAUACUAAUACCUACAUAUUUAUACUAAUAUUUUGAAUAAUUCUAAGGCAGUUCGAAAUUUCAUUUGAAAACAGAAAAAUGUUGAAUUUCAAAAAUUGAAAUUAUGUAUUUUUUGUUUUCGAAAAAUGCGCCUGAAAAGAACUGUGAUAUGUAGAAAUUACAAUUAUUUUUAUUUAAAUAACAUUUUAAACAUUUGAUUUAAAAAUGUUCCGAAUAAAAUAUUUACGGUUAAGUUUUUAAGAAAGCGUGAAUCGAUUUAAAUUGUAACAAUUUGUUAACGCAAAUUGCUAUACAUUUUUAUUAAUUUAGUUUUGAUUGAUUAAACUUUUAUUCUCGAUCGUUCAGAAAUUUUCUUUUAUAAAUUCCCUUCUGUUUAUAAAAUAUAAAUGCAAAAAAACUUCUUCAAGUUCAAUUUUUUUUUUGUUUAAAAAGUAAAAUUGUUCGAAACAUUUUGAGACCGACUGUGACUUUGAUUGCUAAUUACGUUGAGUUCGAUUAGAAUUAGAAAGUCAUAUUUUGAUAAAUUUUUCUAUUAACUAUAUUAAUAAAUAAUCGUUGAUUGGACAACAUUAUUCAAUCGAAAUACAGUUGGAAAUUACGAGACAGUGCAUUGCAGUAGCUUGGCUUUGAAACUUUUCAAGCCCAUUCAGAAGUUUUACUGACUUUCACUUAAUUCACAGUAAUAAAUAUUAGAGCUUUGGUAACAAUGCAUUAUAUACUUUAUACUUACAUAAAUAUAUGAACAAAACCAAAAUUUAGGUAUAAUAGUAGAAAUUAUGCGAUUUUUUAUUUAGUCUAAGCCAAAGAUAAGAACUAUUUCCACUGUAUUAAAAAAGAAAGAAAUGUUUAAUAAAUUUCGUGAGAAAUUUUAUGUAACAAGAAAUAAAAUAAGUAUUUUCUUUAAAUCUUGUGCAAUCUAUGCAAUCUUCGGCCAAGACUGAAG